GCCAGAACUCGCAGACACAGUCAGCUAUAGAGAGCAGUAAAACAUUUUUCAUGCAUUUGCCCUAGUGCCCUGUUCGAAUUUCAAUAUAGCAACCAAGACACCAGUGAAAUUGUUAUGCGUCUCCCGUCCGUUUCACUGAACCGCCGUUGCUUCAAAUGGUGCCUCGUUGUUGCUCUCGCCUUCAUGGCGGUUUCGGCAAUCCAUUGGACUUUUCUUCUGUCGCCAGCCCCCACCUAUAUCACACCAACAAGGUCAGAUUCGGAUCUAAUUAUGUCUUUCCCAUAUAGUAUUCCGUAUAAGGUUGACAAAUCCCUUAACGAAUCAUCAACAACAAGUUUUAAAACUUACAGGAAGUUCGCCUUCAUGAAAAAUCACAAAUGCGGAAGCAGUACGAUCGAAAACAUUAUAUUCCGAUUUGCAAACAAGAAUCACUUGAAUAUAGUGUUACCCGACAGCGGGAACUAUCUCUCGACGACCGACCUAUUCAAUCACAAAUCGCUAGCUAACGCAAAAUGGAAGGAUUUACCUUUCGAUAUUUUCUCCCUGCACAAUCGAUGGAAUAGGAAUGAAGUGAUGAAGGUGCUGGAUGACGAAGUGCCGACUUUCACCAUAGUGAGAGACCCAGUUGAAGUUUUUGUGUCCAUGUUUCAUUAUCAAGAUAAAUUUCGAGAGUUUUAUGGCGUUAAAGAUAUUCACGAUAUGGUGGUCAAAAUUAAAGAAAAUCCGUCUGCACCUGAACUGAACCAACGCUGGAUGAAAUAUGUGGGUCGCAAUCAAAUGUCCUGGGACAUGGGUCUGUCGCCGGAGAUCUUCGACAACGAAGUGGCCAUGAAGAGCGAAAUUGAGCGAUUGGAUCGCGAGUUCGAUCUCGUGAUGGUGUCCAACAGAAUGGACGAAUCUCUAGUCCUGCUAAUGCACUUGCUUCACUGGGGUUUCAAAGACGUUAUCCAUCUGGAUUUGAACCGGAGGAAACCGGACAAGUCCAGCGCAUUGAGCGAUGAAGAGUUGGAUGUGCUCUCCAACUGGUUGGCAGCUGACGCUCAACUCUUCAAGUAUUUUUAUCGCCGAUUUGACGAAAGAGUGGCAGAGCUAAAUCAAAAAUAUACUUCAGUCUUCGAUUUGUUUUGGCCUAGUGGCGCCGACGAAGAGGCCAACUACGUCGAACAUCAGACGAAAAUGCUGAAGGAAGCCAACCGCGAACUUUACGACUUGUGCGUUGUACAAGAAGUGGGCAACGAAAAAUUAUCAGGCGUUUUCAAAGAGACUAACGAUAAUAUUAUGGGAUAUGUCAUCAACAAAGAGGAGGAAGGAUGUGCCAUGUUUGCGAUGAGCGAACCAGCUUUCUUGAAAAUAUUCAGAAAACAACUUCUCUCCCAAGCAUUAGAUCCCUCGUGAGGUUUCCUGUUAGCAACGUGAUUGUGAUUUUACAUAAAAGUAUGUCCUUAAUUAUGUCGAAAUGUAUUGAAUUUAUGUUGCCAGAUUUUAUUUUUAAAAUAAAAUGUUACUACCA